UCAUCUGAUGAGUGCUAGGUACAUAAAUAUAUUUUGGUUUGAUGAUAUCUAAAAAUCGGUGUUGAUAUAAAUAUAGGCGCAGGUAUUCAUUUGUAUUCUCAAGUAGUUUGAACUCAUUUUCAGAAUGGAAGGAAUACUGGCUGUUUAUAUUGCAUUUCUGGUCGCCCUAGGAAAUGCGAUACCAUUUGAAUAUGGAGAUCACGAUCCAGACUGUCCCUUUCCCGACUCAGGUUCUGCGGUGUACUACCCGUAUCCAUAUGACUGCUCCAAAUUCUACGAAUGCGCACAGGGAAAGAAGGUUCUGAUGCGUUGCUCGCCAGGACUUUUCUGGGAUGUCACUUUGAACAAUUGCAAUGACGAAUACAGAGUCACUUGCUCUCAAGUGGUGAGCUCUACGACAACAGAUAGAUCAUCACCUCCACCUGAACCUACAACCCAAACUACAUCACCACCACCUCCAACUACAACCACAGGUACAACACCACGACCUGAACCUACAACCACAGGUACAACAACAACACCAGAACCUAAAACCACAGUUACAUCACCACGGCCUACAGAAACAUCUACGUCUCAACCUACAUCAAUACAGCCUACAACUAAUACAGCUGCUUCGACAAUUGAUCCUAGCGGCCUCUGUGAGGACCAACCAAAUGGUACCUACCUACCCUAUCCAGGAGACAGAAAAAAAUUCAUAGAAUGUGUUUACCAUCACACUCACGUCUUCGAUUGUCCCGGGAUCACCUUUUGGGACCAAAGCAUACUGAACUGUGUUUGAGUCAAAUAUCAAAAUAUAUACUUUUAUUGAAGCAGUAC